CCAGGUAGUAACUACAUAUCAACCAAGACAUCAUUAGGAAAAUAUAACACAACCAUGCUAAUUAACGCUACGACUGCUAUCUCGACGUCUGCCGUCCUGCUAGUCCCAUAUUCGAAAUGGCACGUUCCGCAGUACCACGAAUGGAUGAAAGAUGAGGAAAUACAAGAAGCAACCGCUUCAGAGCCUCUGACACUUGAAGAGGAAUACGCGAUGCAGCAGAGUUGGCGCAGUGACGCAGACAAGUUGACCUUUAUCACUUGUCACCCUGUUGAACCGUCCCAGCAGCAGCAACCGCUCACUGAUUACCAUGACAGCCCUGACAGGAUGGUAGGGGAUAUCAAUCUCUUCCUGCGAAUCGACGAUGGCGAAGAGGGUACCUCGCCGCCCCAGAUCAUCGGGGAGGUCGAGUUGAUGGUUGCCGAGAAGCGAAACCAGCGCAGGGGGUUUGGACGGGCCAGUCUGCUGGUCUUUCUACGGUAUAUUGCCGAUAACGAGAGGGCGAUUCUAGACGAGUUCGUCGCGCGGGGGAGCGAUCCCGCAGCGAGGGAAAAGCUACCGAACCCGCUACAGUUGUCGUGUUUGAGCGUGAAGAUCGGGCAAGUGAAUGCGCGCAGCCUUGCCCUAUUCGAGAGUGUGUCGUUUGAGAAGGUCUCGACGGAGCCGAACUUUUUCGGUGAGUUUGAGCUCAGACGGACGGAUCUGAGUCGGGGGUCGGUGGAUGAGUUGCUUGGACGGGCUGGGAUUACAGAUUAUGUCGAGUUGAAGUAUCAACGGAGCGGUUGAUUUUGAUAAAAUCUAUGAUGAUGUAGGUGUGUGUGUAUCUUCUAUAUAUGAUGUGUAUAAACUUGCAGGAAGUUUCAACUUUUUUUUUCUUAUUGUGUAGGAUCCAGAGGCUUCGGCCACUCUGGGCCUGCAUCAGAUGAUGCAAAAGCAUCUAUCUGACUAUGUAUGAUUCACCGGAUGGCCUGGCUUGGCUAGGAAACGGCAUCCAGCAUC